GUUAGAAACUCAAUCAUGCCUUUCGGUAACACCCACAACUUCAAACUCAACUUUAAAGUUGAGGAGGAGUACCCUGACCUCACCAAGCACAACAACCACAUGGCCAAGGUGCUGACCAAGGACAUGUACGCCAAGCUGAGGGACAAGCAGACCCCCUCUGGCUUCAUUUUGGAUGACAUCAUUCAGACCGGUGUCGACAACCCUGGUCACCCCUUCAUCAUGACUGUUGGCUGCGUGGCAGGUGAUGAGGAGUCCUACGAGAUCUUCAAGGAUCUGUUGGACCCCAUCAUCUCAGACCGUCAUAGUGGAUACAAGCCCACAGACAAGCACAAGACCGACCUGAACUUUGAGAACCUGAAGGUAGUGUCUAAUUCUUCUGACAUGUUUUAUACUAUGUCCAGCCGUGUGCGUACUGGCUGCAGCAUCGAGGGAUACACCCUCAGCCGUGGUGAGUGCAGAGCAGUGGAGAAACUGUCCGUUGAGGUUCUGAACACCCUGGACGGUGAAUUCAAGGGAAAGUACUACCCCCUGAAUAAGAUGACCGAUGCCGAGCAGGAGCAGCUUAUCGCUGACCAUUUCUUGUUUGACAAGCCCGUCUCCCCCCUGCUGCUGGGCGCUGGUAUGGCCCGUGACUGGCCCGAUGCAAGAGGAAUCUGGCAUAACGAUGCCAAGAGCUUCUUGGUCUGGGUGAAUGAGGAGGAUCACUUGCGUGUCAUCUCCAUGGAGAAGGACGGCAACAUGAAGGAGGUCUUCAGACGCUUCUGCGUUGGUCUGAGAAGGGUGGCGUGGACACCGCCUCCGUGGGUGGAGUGUUCGACAUCUCCAACGCUGAUCGUCUGGGAUCCUCUGAGGUAGCUCAGGUCCAGAUGGUGGUGGAUGGUGUCAAGCUCAUGGUGGAGAUGGAGAAGAAGCUGGAGAAGGGAGAGGCCAUCGACGGCAUGAUCCCCGCCCAGAAGUAAAGAGUUGUUGACGUCAU